CAACACCAUUAGCUCAUAUAAUGCCCUUGAAAUCUCCAGCUGACGGCCAGAUCAUUGCCGCCAUCAUCGAGAUACUCGAUAAAGAUCCCCACCCUCAUCCAUCCUUCAAUGCGCCGGCGUUUGGGUUUAACCGCCUUGCAGACAACCUCCGUGUCGCCCCAUCCAGACUUUCGGUAGACCGUACGAUCACGCUUAUUCGGCCGCUUGCUGAGACGACGCUGUUCGAUCGCCCGAGGGAACCGGUCGUCAAGUCUUAGCGAAAGGGGCCAAAGGGGCUGGGGCUGGGAAGAGAGGUUUGGGUGGUUUUUGAGACGGUUUCGUAUCCCGAGAAGGAAUGGGGGGGUAUGGAUGGGGUUCAGAAGAGAUAUUUAGAUUGUUCGGUGGUGACGAGGACGAGGAGCGACGUAUCGACGACGAGCUCGGGUUCGAUGUUGUCUCUCCCCAGACCGCCAGCUCGUAGGCGCACCGGACGUCCCCUUGACGCAUCCAUUUCUUAUCCGCCUCUGACCCCUGCAAGUAACACUAUGGGCAAGACGGUUGAUGACAUACCAAACCUCCCUCCAGGCGCUGGAUAUAACCUUUCUAACCUUUCUAACCUUUCUAACCCUAACCCUUCUGUAAGCCUUCCGAAGAAGGGGAAAGAUGAUAGUCGAAGGGGAAGAGAUUGUCCUUCCUUCGGCCUACCCCAUGACCCGCACCCAUUUCCAAACUCUAAAAAUGUUGACCGGCAAGAGGACAAGGUGAGGGAAAAAACCAACGAGCCGCUUUUGAGCGUCCCGAAUGCAUCAAGACAACAGCCAAAAAGGGAUGGGGAUUCAAAAAACGAGGAAGGAGAGGAUGAUAUCAUCAGUGCUUACGAGUAUGGCGAUAGUGAGAAAAGUGACCAAGGGAAAGGCACGAGUACAGGCCGCCGAGCCAACGAAAAUGGAGAUAACGAAGAGGAUGUGGAAAGGGUUGUGAUAGACAGCGAAUCAGAUGAUGGUCGUAACGUAGAUGGAGAAGAAGGACGGAGUGACAACGGUCGUGGGCGUGAAAGCGAAAAAGAAUCGAUAUCUGCAGCAUUGUUAAAUAAUCAUCCAUCCCAGGACGAGGCAGCAGAUGAAGGUGAAGAAAAACGGGAAAGAGCGGUGGAAAGAGAGGGCGACAGAGCCCUUACCACCAAAGAAAGCUCCAAGAAGAAAAAAAAGCAGAGGCGUAAAAACAGACAUGAGCACAGGCACCGCUCAUUCUCCCAUUCCUCAAAGGAGAAGAAGAGACACAAUAAAGAAGAUGGAUGGUUUGAAGUAGCGUUCAAAGGUCUUCCGUUCGGACCAGACGUACCCGGGUUCAAGGCGGUCGGUUGGAUGAAGAAACAGUGGCGGCUCUUGGUGGCAGAAGCUGUGCUCAUCCUUGGGUUGGUGUAUAUCAUCCAAGCAACCGGACUGUGAUCAAAAAUAUUCAGUCUCCCUUCUUUUCCUGGAGUGUUGGAGUGUUACAUGAUGAGACCCCUGCGAUUGGAAUGGGAGGUUGCAAUGACCGCAAGACUUAACUUUU